UUAAAUAAUAAGCCAUGGUAUCCAUUCUGUGUAGCUGCCACACUAUUCAUCCGUAGUGCGUUCUGAGGCAUACACCGCAUCCUUGCAGCACAUACUCAUUUGCUGUACAUGCUUUAACAGUUCUCAAGCAGGUCGAGUGUUUCUGGAACAAAAUUAAGUAUUUAACCUCAUUUCGAGACAUGAUUUUGACAUUUUCGGAAAGUCCUUUGUCUUACUGCUCUUGAGUCUUGGAUGCCCGAUGACCUAAUAAGGUUCCUGCCAGUCAGCAAAUAGUUGGAUUAGGCUGGGCCACUUAAUGCACUGCCUGGUCACGAUUGAGAAGGUAGAUUAGCUGUCCCAUCUCUCUCUGUUUCCUUCCGCUCUAUCUCUCAUCGAAUCACUCUGAAAGGUAGCUGUAAGUCUUUGUGCUAUCUGAGGACAACCAAAAGAAAGAAUACACAUUUCAAACUGAAAUGGUAAACAUUGAGUAGCACAACAGCUGCUGCUUCUUGUCGGUUGGCUUGGAUUACUUCAACAUUGAAAACAUGUUUUUUUAUUUUUGCCAAGAAACACAACUGGAGCGCCUUCGUCUUGGAAUCAUCCAGUCAUUCUGUUCUGUAGAAGCUUCUGGCUGACCUGAGAAGCAGAUGUGAUUUUUGGCUGUUUGAGAUUGGACUGCCGUAACCCUGGUGGACACUUUUGACAAAUUUCAGUCUUUGGGGAACUACUUUUGUCAGAGCGUCUCAUCCUGAUGGCAGCCGAGUCGUGUCCUCUAUCAGGGGCCGAGCGGGCUGUGUGCAGGCUGGUGCACCAUGGCCCCCGACCUCAAGCCAUGCUUAAGCCUUUACAUGUGGAGUUACAGGUGUUUGUGGACAAAACACUUGGCAAACAGAAACACAGGAUGGAGGCCUCUUGUCUGGAGCUGGCGUUGGAAGGGGAGCGCCUGUGCAAGGCCGGAGAUUUUAAAGGAGGAACGGCGUUUUUUGAGGCAGCUGUGCAGGUCGGCACGGAGGACCUGAAGACCCUCAGCGCCAUCUACAGCCAGCUGGGCAACGCCUACUUCUACCUGAAGGAGUAUGGGAAAGCCCUGGAAUACCACAAGCAUGACCUCACUCUGGCCAGGACGAUAGGGGAUAGAAUCGGAGAGGGGAAAGCCAGCGGUAACCUUGGCAACACCCUGAAAGUGCUUUGCCGCUUUGACGAGGCUGUGGUCUGCUGUCAAAGACAUUUGGAUAUCUCUCAGGAGCAAGGCGACAAGGUUGGGGAGGCGCGAGCACUUUACAACAUUGGAAACGUGUUUCAUGCUAAAGGCAAACAGCAGUUGUGGGGCUGCACCCAAGAGCCAGGAGACCUUCCCCCUGACGUCAGUGAAACACUACAAAGGGCUACGAGCUUUUACGAGAUGAACUUGUGUUUGGUGAAGGAGCUUGGUGAUCGUGCUGCUCAAGGCAGAGCCUACGGAAACCUGGGCAACACACACUACCUUUUGGGAAACUUUGUGGAAGCCAUCAAGUUCCACAGGCAGCGAUUAUCCAUAGCCAAGGAAUUUGGCGACAAAGCGGCAGAGCGCCGAGCCUACAGCAAUUUAGGGAAUGCACUCAUAUUCCUGGGCCAGUUCAACACGGCCACAGACUACUACAGGAAAACGCUGAAUCUAUCGCGGCAGCUGCGGGACCAAGUGAUGGAGGCUCAGGCCUGCUACAGCCUGGGAAACACCUACACUUUGUUGCAGCAGUAUGAGAGGGCUAUAGAGUAUCACCUGAAGCACCUGUACAUUGCUCAGGAUCUUACCGACAGGGUGGGAGAGGGCCGAGCCUGCUGGAGUCUGGGAAACGCUUACGUGUCUUUAGGGAACCACAAACAAGCUCUCCACUACGCCCGAAAACACCUGGAAAUCUCCAAAGAAAUCGGGGACAGGAAUGGGGAGCUAACAGCCAGGAUGAACGUGGAGCAGUUGAUGGAGGCGUUGGGUGUCAGCGACAGCGACCUUUCACCUUCCAGUUCGGAGUUUGAGAUGCAAGGUGCAAGACCCAAAUUCACCAAGAGGAACAGCAUGGACAGCGUGGAGCUGUGGAAGCUGUCUUCAUACAAGGAUGGCGACGGCCAAGAGAUGGAAUGCAUACCCAGGAGGCCCACAAGUCAGACGUCACAGCCGGGUAAAAGGAAAGGCUAUCCCGACAGUCAGUCAUCUGACGAAAGGCCCUGGUUGGACUCUUCGGUGGACGCUGAUGACAUCACUGUGCAAGUCCUGCCUCCGGUGUCGAAACUGGGCCGUGACCCCUCCGAUGAGGACUGCUUCUUUGACCUGCUCAGCAAGUUCCAAAGCAGCCGCAUGGAUGACCAGCGCUGCCGUCUUGAUGAACCCCACAAUGGCGAUGGUGAAGAAGGCGCUGCCCUGAGUGACAUGAUAGACCCUGCAGUUACCACCUCCCCCCAGACGGAGGAGCUGUUCGACUUGAUCGCCAGCUCUCAGAGUCGCCGCCUCGACGACCAGCGCGUCAACGUGGGAAACCUUCCAGGUCUCAGGAUCACCCAGAACAACCUGGGCCACCUUGUAGGGGAGGGCGAUCAAGAGCCCAGCGAUGACUUCUUCAACAUGCUCAUCAAGUGCCAGUCCUCUCGGAUCAACGAUCAGCGGUGCUCCCCACCAGAAGCAGGCCCCCAUGCCCCCACAGUGCCUGAUGAAGACUUCUUCAGCCUCAUCCAGAGGGUGCAGGCGAAGCGUAUGGAUGAGCAGCGUGUCCACCUGGCUACCGACGAGCAGGACAGCUCGGAAGAGUCUCCCGACCCCGAGCCGCCCGGCGGUUUCCCUAGCUAGGACACGACAAAGUGAGCGCCAAAACGACAAUAAUAGGGUGGCAUGUCAAGGCAGACCCACCUCUUGCAAAAAUGAGUGCAACAGGUGGUGGUGCCAUGUGAAAUUCUGCUCUAAGUCCUAAAUGUACUCCGGUUUCCUCCUACCUUCCAAAAACAUUCAUGUUAGGUUGAUUGGCGACUCUAAAUUGUCCAUAGGUAUGAAUGUGAGUGUGAAUGGUUGUUUGUCUAUGUGUGCCCUGCGAUUGACUGGCGGCCAGUCCAGGGUGUACCCCGCCCCUUUCGCCGAAAGUGGGAUAGGCUCCAACAUACCCACGGCACUAGUGAGAAUAAGCGGCAUAGAAGAUGGGUGGAUGGAUGGAAGUACUAAAUGUGUGUAAAUAUAACAGAAAACAUGCAGCGGUUUUGCACGGUCAUGAGGGGAUUUGUUAACAUUUGAUUGUCACUCUAACAUAAUAACAUCUGAUGCCUUAAUCAGCAUUUUUUUCUCCCCAGACUCAAGAUUGUAUUUGUAGAAGCACACCAACAGUAUAGUUUAGACAUUUUUAACGUUUAGGACUGAUUUCAUUCAUGUUGCAGAGGUCAAUGAUUUGCACUGAAAUCUUAAAACAAAACAAAAAACAAGAAAAAAGCAUUUUUUUACAGAAAUAACUAACAUUUUCUUCAAUGAUUUAUGUGAAGUUGGUUUUUAUUCCGUAAAAAAAAAGUAUACGUGCUAAUAUGCCAAAUCCUUUAGGCAUAAAAAAAAAUUGUGAUUAUCGCUGCUUUUAAGUAUUCAUACAAGACUGGUGUUACUGAUGUUCAGUGACAGUAUUAAGUUAAUUAACGCUAUGCAGUGUAAAAAAAAAAAAAAAAAAGCUCAGUUAAAAACUUGAAACCACUCAUUGAUUCUUCAUUUACUUGAAGACAUUUAUGUGCAUAAUGAAAUCCCACCAUAGAAAAACUGUAAGCAAAAAGCUGCUUCCUUCUUAGUAUGGAGUAUUAGACAAUGCCACAUUCUGCAGAGCGAACACUGCACCCUUGUGAUCAAAGCCCUGUAUUACAUUGUGCAAUUUAAUUUUGUGGGGAUUUUUUUUUCUCCCAACUAUAUUAGUAGAGUCAAUAAUAGUAAUUCUAUAAUUAUAUUGCACUUAAAGUCUGACUAUUCUUCAAGCUCCAUUUUUUUGUUAGGUAAAUGAAAAUGAAAAUCACACAGAAGUCCAUUGUUCGCAGAGGGAGCUUAGGCCAGCGAAACAGCAGAAAGGAGAUUUUUAACUUGAGUAAUGUGACAAUUGCUGCUUUUGUUAUAUGGUUCGGAAAUACUCAAACUACAAGCAGGCUUCUUUAUUUAUUUUAUACACAAAGGUCAUGCAUACCUCAUUUUUGUACCUCAAAAUAUGACUCUGAAGCGACACGUGUCUCUUAGAUAACAUUGGGAGCUGCAGUUAUUCUGUGAAUUAACUUUAUUUUCAUUAAGUACCCGGUACGCUUCUAUUUGUCACUGCCGUAAUUUGUACAUAUUAUAUAAAUAUAUUUUGUAUUUAUGUUCCAUUUGGGGGACGCAAAAGAGUCCCCCAUGCUUUUAAUAAAAAUGUUUAUUAGGUU